AUGAAGCGCAGCUACGAGAACGCGCUCAAACUGCUAGCGACGCGCCGGCGGAAAGCCCGACCGAAAACUCCAGCACUUUCUCGUAUAAAUCAGGAUGCCGCGAUUCCGGGUGAUACCCCAACCGUCAGAGGUAUACCCAGUUUGGUUGGAAUGAAAGAGUGGCUGCAGAUCUUGGGACACUCGGAGAGUGAUGUCAGCGAUAUUAAUAUUAUUCAUAUCACCGGGACCAAGGGUAAAGGGAGUACCUGUGCGUUCACCCGUUCGUUUCUUCAUGCGCACGGGCUGAGAACGGGAUUUCCCAAACGGAUCGGGCUAUAUACCUCCCCAGAUCUGCAGUGUAUUCGAGAGAGAAUACAAAUCGACAAUCGACCGAUCACGGAGGAUAUGUUUACGAAAUACUUCUUUGAAGUGUGGGAAAGUCUUGCAUCUUCAGGAUUGGGACAGGAAGUCGAAACAACGAGACAGCCUCGAUACCUACAAUUUUUGGCAUUGUUAGCAUUCCAUACAUUCAUCAGGGAAAAUGUUGAUGCGGCAAUAUUCGAAACUCACCAUGGUGGAGAGUUCGAUGCUACAAACGUUAUACCGAGACCUGUCGCGACGGGAAUCACCUCCCUUGGACUGGACCACGUUGAUCAGCUAGGUCCUACGAUCGAAAAUAUUGCUUGGCACAAAUCGGGGAUUUUCAAGCCUGGAACACCUGCUUUCUCCGUUCCUCAGGAAGAAGGACCGAUGAAAGUCUUGCGUGAUCGCGCUGCUGAAAAGAAGACCAGUCUCAGGUUCAUUCCGAUCAAUGAACAUCUUCCCGCCAAAGCGAAAGCGUUAAGUGUCCCAGUACAGCGAGUCAACUCCUCCCUAGCCCUUGAGCUCGCGAAAACGUUCCUAGAGCUCAAGGCACCAGGUCAUAUUUUGGAAUCAGAAGACAUUCUCAAAGGCAUCGAGGACUUCUCAUGGCUCGGGCGAUUCGAGAUUAUCGAAGACGGGGCGUCUCAAUGGUUUGUAGACGGAGCACACAAUCCUCUGAGUCUCACACAAGCAGCAGAAUGGUAUUCAAAUAACAUUGAUAAGGUGAAACCACGGAGAUGCCGUGUUCUUAUCUUCAGUCACUUCUCCGAAGAACGUGACGGGGCGGACUUAAUGGAAAGUUUAGCGCAUGCUCUUCAAGGACACAAUGCGAAGCCAGAUUACGUUAUCUUCACCACAUACGAGGAGAGAAUUGAUGGGACCACGAGAAUAGACAAAACCCUUAAAGUGCCUGAGACACCUUUCCCGGAUCUUUGCUCUACCUACUCUUCACUGUGGAAAGUUUUCGAUAGCGAGGCUGUACUCUCAACAGAGCCAACCAUCGAGGGGGCGUUGAACCAGGCGAAGCAGAUAAGUACCCAAGAAGGUGGAGCGCAGAUCUUUGUGGCAGGCAGCUUGCAUCUGGUUGGAGGAGCCCUCAACCUUUUGCGGCCGUAG